AUGAGACUAGCCAUCCUCGCCCUCACUUUCGCCCUCUUCGGCUCUUCGGCCCUCGCGGCGCCAGCCAAGCUCCCGCUAGCCGCGCACGCUUUUGCCGCCUCACGCGACGGCAUCUACGCGGCCCCACAGCAGGACGCAUUUCACUCUGCGGGGUCGAACGCGCUCAGCCUCGACAUCGACCGCUCGCUCCGCUCUUGCCGCCUCGUCACCCUCACCAUGGAGGGAGGCGUGAGACCAUACACCCUCAGCAUUGGGCGCGACCACGGGCGCUCGGGUAUCGACUGGCUCCUCGAGGCCGACGAUGUGGGAUGGGAGUUUGACUGGACUGUCGAGGCCGACCGUGGAUGGAGUGUUAUUGUCCAGGUCACCGAUGCGCUCGGCGACGUUGUCAAGCGCACCUUCCCCGUUCUGCCUGGAAGCACGGCGUGCCUCCGGAGGGUUUGA